AUGUACCAAAUCGAAGAACAUCUGGCGCCGUUACCAGGCGUUAGUACAAACUCGUUUUUAGACAAAUCCAGUUCCGACAAUGAUUCAUGCGUUGAAAUUACGUCUGUUGUCGAUGAAAAUGAAAAUGAAUUAAUCGAAUGGACUCGCUAUUUACAACUUAAUCCGAAUAGUGACGAAGAUAGCGACGAAAAUUAUUCCUCGACUCAACCUGCACCACUCGUUAAUUAUUCGUCGUCAGAAUCAUCCAGUGAUGGCGAAAACUUAUUAAAAUCAUCUCAUCCAUCUGCAUCUUCUAAUAACAACAGCGUUGUCGAUAUUACGUCUUCAUCAACAUCAACUAUCAUCAACAAGCGCAAGCGACGUCAGUGGACCGUAAACGAAAAAUUAAAUGCGAUCGCCUGCUUCGAAAAAAACAACAGCAAAAGCCAGACUGCUAGAGACGUCGGAUGUGCUACAAAACAACUUCGCACAUGGAUCAAGAAUAAAGAUGAAUUAUUAAAAUUGUCAUCACGAAAGAAAGGUAAAAAACGCAAGCGUCUCGAUGGAGGUGGUAAAAAAUUAACUUAUGUGGACCUUGACUCUCGUUUAUUUGCAUGGUAUCGUCAAAAGCGUACUGCUCCUGGAUCGACAACCACACCUGUUUCUGAUAUUCGUAAGGAAAGAGUAACAUUGCGUCAACUUCAACGCCGUGGACGACAACUAAGUGAAGAAUUAAAUCAUCCAUGUCCAUCAUCGAGAUGGUUUGGUCGUUUUCUCGUUCGUCAUCGACUUUCUCUUCAACGUCCUAAACGAUAG